UGAUUCGUGGCCUCUUUGGCCUUCCACAUGAAACAGAAGGCGUUUUCCAAACCCAAACAGGCGGAUUAUUUGCACCGUGACAUUCUUUCUUCAGUGGGAAUUUUCCAGUCAGAGAGAAGGGCUAAGAAGUGCACACCUGCAGGGGCCACACCCAGAGGAAGAGGCGCACUGACUUCCAGCUGAAGCUCACUCCGGUCCUGUUGAACUCGUGGUCAGGAAGAGCUGGAAGAUGGUAAGAAGGCGGGAAAAGUCAGGAGGAGUGCUGAGUGGCGUUUUCAGACGCUCUCCCAAACCUGCUCAGAACUGCGCUGAUGGCCAGGUAGGAGAAACAUCUGGUGAUGGGAGCUCAGACAUUACAGAGAAGAAAGACAGAGCAGAUGAAACCCCUCCUGUCCCUCCAAGACCCAGUGAGGAGGAGCUCAGAAACUCCGUCACACACCGUCUGAGUGUAAAUCCAACUGACACAGAUCAUAAUCAGAUGGAAGAUCAGGAAGUCGGCCAGCGCACUGAGGACGACAGUGACGAGUGUGUAAAUGAAGCCGCUGCUGCAGAUAUGAGAGAGAAACGAAAGAAAAGGAAAGGAAAGAAAAACAAGAAUCCUUUCUUGCCUCAUGUGACAGCAAAGGACAGUCUGUCAGUUGAUGAAGUGUCACACCGCAGCAGUGCUGAUCUUGCUGGAAAAUCAGGAGUGCUGAGUGGCUUUUUCAAACGCUCUCCCAAGCCUGCUCAGAACUGCGCUCACGGGCAGAACAGCCCCUCAGCUGAUGGAGAAUCAAAUAGCAGCAGUGGUGAACUUUCUGAAAAGUCAGGAGGAGUACUGACUGGCUUUUUCAGACGCUUUCCCAAACCGGCUCAGAACUGCGCUGAUGACCAGGGUGCUGGGAGCUCAGACAUCAUGGAGAAGAAAGCCAGAGGAAAUGAAACCCCUCGUGUCCCUCCAAGACCCAGUGAGAAGGAGUUCAGAAACUCCAUCACACCCCAUCUGAGUGUGACUCCAGCUGACACUGAUCAUAAUCAGAUGGAAGCUCAGGCAGUUGGCCAGCGCACUGAGGACGACAGUGACGAGUGUGUGAACGAAGCAGCUGCUGCAGUCGAGAAAGAGAAACCAAAGAAAAAGAAAGUAAAGAAAAAGAAGAAUCCCUUCAUGCUUCAUGUGACAGCAAAGAGUAAAAUGAUUCAGAAGAAGAGUGGAGAAGAUGGCACUGAGGCUUUAGAGGAUGCUGGGAGCUCAGACAUCACCGAGAGGCAGGAGAGAGCAGACAAAGCCCCUCAUGUCCCUCCAGGACCUAGUGAGGAGGAACUCAGAAAUUCCAUCACAACCCAUCUGAGUGUGACUCCAACUGCUGCUGAUCAUAAUCAGAUGGAAGAUCAGGAAGUCAGCCAGCGAACUGAGGACGACAGUGACGAGUGUGUGAACGAAGCGGCUGCUGCAGUCGAGAAAGAGAAACCAAAGAAAAAGAAAGUAAAGAAAAAGAAGAAUCCCUUCAUGCCUCAUGUGACACCCAAGAGUAAAAUGAUUCAGAAGAAGAGUGGAGAAGAUGGCACUGAGGCUUUAGAGAAGAAAUCCCUCAUGGAGCAGCUGAAUGAGUUUCGUCUUAAUCAUAGUGAAGAUGAGGAGGAUCAUUACAACCUCAUGGAGUGGUGGAGCGCAGUCGAACAAUGGGAGCCGACAUCCAAACAGGAAGAUAUCACGGAAAAAGAGGAGGCUAGGGCAUUUGCUUUAACAGCUGAAAAAGUGCAACGAGGCAUUCGGGUGUUUAAUCAGCUGUUUUCAGAGCGAGCAGAAGCUCUCUGGCAGCACAUCAUCGACCUCAACCACAUCGCCGAUGGUCUGGACCGUUUCAACAAAAGGACCAAAGUUGCCCAGAUCACAGGAGGCUCCACCAGUGCUGUUGGGGGUGUGGCCACUAUAACGGGCCUUGCCCUAGCACCCGUCACUAUGGGAACAUCCUUGAUUGUCACAGCAGUGGGUCUGGGUGUGGCCGCAGCAGGCGGGUUAACGUCGGCCACGGCUGGUAUCUCCAACACCGUCCAUGGCUCGAUAGACCGCAAGAAAGUGGAGCGCAUUGUGAAAGACUUUCAGAGCAAGAUGGCCGACAUUGACAAAUGCACGAGGUUCAUCAAACGAGGCAUCGAGAACCUGCGAGAGUUAAAUGCUCCCAAGGUGAAAAAGCUAAAGCAGUACAAGAGUGAUGUCUCUGGAGUCCUCAAUAUCUACGAGGACGGUGCCAUGGCAGGCAAAGCAGUGCUCAUCAACGCCAAAGAAAUCACCAAGUUCACACAAGUCGCCAUGACAGCGGGUGGCACAGCUGCCAGAGCAGUGCAGGUUGCAGCCAUGGCAACUGGCAUCCUCACUGGUCUCUUUGUUGCCAUGGAUCUUUACUUUGUGGCAAAGGAUUCUAAAGAACUUAAGAAAGGAGCCAAGUCAGAAUUUGCCAAAAAGAUCAGGGAGGUGGCAGAGCAGCUGCAUCAAGGACUGGUGGAGCUCAAUGCUAUCCGAGGGGAGCUACAGAGUUCAGAAACCCCCAUGAGCUCUAUCUCUAGCCCCUCAGCCUCCACUUACGCCACCUCCUUGACCUCUUUGUCCGCCUCUAGCAUCUCUAGCUCCUCAUCCUCCAUCUCUUCAAUCUCCUCCAUUUCCUCUUUCACAGAACACUGAAACACACACACGCACACCUCCAUCCUGACGCAGUCCUGUUUUAACAAAUUGUAUGUCAUUCUCUUCAAACAGAAACAGUACCAAAAGUAACGUGAUCCACAAAUGAUGUUUUGCUUUGUACUUGUUGAAAGAAAGUGGUGCAUUUUUGUGUAACUGAUGACACAGACAUACAAAAAAUGUUGCUCGUUUAUUUGCAUUCUGUCUUUACAUUUGUGGAACCUGCCCUGUAUUUGUCAGUAGCACUUCUAUCUGCAAAAAAACCACUUUUUUUUGGAUAGUGUUUUGUAUUUGCAAAGCACAUUGUGUGUUUGAGAGGUGUGCGUUGUAUUUGUAAAGCAUGGUGUGUAUAUUUGCGAAUCGUGUGGCAUUUGUAAAACAUUUUGGCAGCUUUCUAACACCAUAUGUUCCAGUUCUACCCUUUUAAACCUCCUCUACUUGUCUUCCUCUUCUCAUCACCUCCUUAUACUUCUCCUCCUCCACCUUUCUUCUCUCGUACCUCAACACCUCUUGAACCUCAGGCAUACGGUAUGCAUACUCUCAUCCUGUACCUCCUCCUCUCCCCCACCUCCUGAAUCUACUCCACUUUCUUCUGCACCUUUUCCUCUACUACAAUCUUCUCAUACUCCAUUUCCUUCUCUACCUCUUUGACUUCUCCACUCAGUGGUGAUACCAACCGAGACAUUCCCGCUGUAAAUGCUGUUCUCCCGUUACAGGCACUGAUGGGAAGAAGGACUCGUAUUCAUGUACAACAUUUUAUUAAAGUCUUGCGUAGCCUUCAGCAAUAUUGAUUUUCCCUGAUCACUAUUUGUGAUUGCAAAGUAAUCACAUACUACUGUUCUGAAAUUAUUAUUCCCUCAAUUUUCUGACCAUUUUCUUCUUGACCCCAGUCUGAUUUGAACUUGUCUGUCUGGUGUCCCAGUAGUGUGUUUGUAUACAACUAAUUGAUUACUCCAUUCCUUUUUUUUAAUCGCCAUUUUUAAUUACUAAUUUUCUCAUAGAGAAUGACUUGAGAAUUUUAUUAUUAUUAAUAAUAAUUAUAAUAAUGGCUGGCUUUUUUUGUGGUACAUCAGAUAUAUUCCAUUCAGCUAGCAUGAUAUUGAACUUGUCUUUGACUCGUUAAGUAACCUGCUAGCUGAAUAUCUGAUAUACCACUCAAAGCCAGCCAAUGUUAUUUAAAUAGGCCACUCAGACCUGCAAUGUAUUUUGUAUGAAAAAUGCGAGUUUUUCAACACAAGAAAAUAAACUUCAUAUUUUGAA